GCCACGUCACACAGGAGGACACAUGCCAGGCGGAAACACCCACGCUGUUGAGUUUAAUGAUGAAGCCCAACCUCAUUCAAAAGUAGAAGAAUUUCUCAGUUGUCAUUAUACGAAACCUCAGUCUGGGACUCGUUCACUUGUUCUUGUUCGUUUCUUCUUUUGAGAUUGAGGAAUGCUGCUGGACGAGACUCCUCUCUUUGAGCCCUCCCUGCUUCAGGAGCUAGACUGGAGUAGUAACAUGGUCUCAUUCUCACCCCCACUCUCCCCGUCCAGCCCUGGAGAAGGCCUGGUGCUCAGGCCGCUCUGUACAGCAGACUUUAACAGGGGAUUCUUCAAAGUUUUAUCUCAACUAACUCAUGCAGGUGACGUCACACCUGAGCAGUUCACGAAAAAGUUUGAGCACAUGAAGGCAACAGGAGACUAUUACGUUGUGGUGGUGGAGGACACAAAUCUGGGACAGAUUGUUGCCACAGCCACAUUGAUCACGGAACACAAAUUCAUCCACUCCUGUGCAAAGAGAGGCCGGGUGGAGGAAGUCGUUGUCAGUGACGUGUGCAGAGGGAAGCAGCUCGGCAAACUGUUAGUUUCAACCCUGACUCUUCUCAGCAAAAAACUGAAUUGUUAUAAAAUCACUCUGGAAUGCGCAACCAAAAAUGUAACCUUCUACCAAAAGUUUGGCUACACUGCCUCAGAUGAGACUUACAUGCAGUGUCGAUUUUCCGACUGAGGACAACAGGACCUUUGAACCUUCACUUUGGGGUCAUGGAGUCUAAGUUUACACACCCAGUGACAUCAGAAGUUGCAUUUCCAAAUUUGUCUUUAGACUUGGCAGAGCUGCGAGGAUGAGCAUUUCAGCAUACUUGAGUAAACAUAAAUGACAACCUAAUUCUACAUCAUCUUACACCCCUUUGGUAACCAUGGCUACCUCAGCAGGGUGGAGCUCUGGCAUCAUCUCUCUCUCCCCCCCCACCAUCUGAAGAAAGGAAGUUACUGUGACUGUAAUGUUUUACUGUGUUUCAUUAUAAAUAUGAAUCAUAUCUGCAACUGCCAUGCAACUAACUCUAGGUGAAUACUUUUGCUUUGGGAAUGAAUGGUAGCAAAUGAAAUUAUGUUUCCAAAGCUUAUAGUCAUUUAAUAAUCCACUACAAGACCACAGCUUCUCAUGUUCACCAGAAAAACCAAGAAUGCUUGAAGUAAUAACUAAUGAGCAAGACUGAAGCUUUGUCUCAUUAGUCACCAAGAACACUUAACCAAAGAAAAGCGGCCUCUUCCUUUACUGUGUUGUUACUUUUCUAACGGGUUUUACAUGUUUUAUCUUUUUUCUUAUUUGUCUGCUUUGGGAAAAGUGACCUUUCUGUGAAAGUGGUAUGGCUGGACUACAAUAAGACAUAAAGUAGAACUAUCUAGAAGUCUGUUGAUAAUGUAGAACACUUCUAGUGAUCAGAAAGCUUCCAUAUGCUGAUGCAGGGGUAAAGACAUUAUACAGGUUUUAUAUAUGAUCGAUAUUUUUAAAUGAUCACAAACAUGACAUGGAUCAAAACGUGUUGGGUGGCAGAUUAAAAAAAAUGUUUUUUUUUGUAUAAAGAUGCUUAUAAUGCUUAUGUAUUUGGAGAUUAGGGUAAAAAUAUUUAAUGUAAUUUAUUUCCAAGUUGUUUAAUUGACAAAAUAUUCUAUGAUCUACGACAUGUGCAUUUAUAUUUCUACUUGUCAAAUAUAUCAAAUGUGUUCAGCUUUGAUUGUAAAAAGUGGAUCAAUAGUUCUGCAGACACUGUUCAUGAUAUUUUAAAGUUACUUUGAAUUUAAACGAUUUUACAUUG